CAUAUCGAUGGGUGUCAUGAGGAAGAUGAGACCAGAGAUGAGACGGAACACGAGUCGUGACGUAGUGGGCUUAUCCCGUGAGAACGCGUCUUGCGCUAAACCUGGAUCCGCGACGCGCGACCUCAGGGUGCUCGAGCUCAACCACGACUGUAACUUCCUCGAUUGACGUAUUGCGCAUCGUUUUUGAGCUCUUCCCAAUCCUAAUUACUACAUCUACGAAGCAAUCCAAAGUCUUGCGCAAGAUUCAGCGUCAUGCCUGAGAUCGCAGAAGUUGCGCGCAUUGUCGGCUUCCUGAAGAAACAUGCCGUUGGUAAGACGAUCAAAAAUGUCAUGGCACAGGACGAUAAUAUCGUCUUUGGAAAGGUCGGAACGUCAGCAUCCGCCUUCCAGGAGGCUUUGACCGGCAAGAAAAUAGUAGACGCACGACAGCAGGGCAAAUACUUCUGGCUGGUCAUGGACUCGCCGCCACAUCCUUUGAUGCACUUUGGAAUGGCAGGCUGGAUGAAAUUCAGCAAUGAUGAUUCAGCACAUUAUCGUCCGGCGAAACCUGAAGAGGCAGAAUGGCCACCCAAGUACUGGAAGUUCAUCCUGCAGUUGAAAGACUCCGAGAACGAGGUCGCGUUGGUAGACGCAAGACGGCUUGCUCGUGUGAGAUUGGUAGACGCCGCUGCCGAGGACAUGAGAAAGACUACACCACUGAAAGAGAACGGGCCGGAUCCUGUCAUCGACAAGGACAUCUUGACAGUGGACUGGCUCAGCAAGAAGCUACGCAGCAAGAAGGUGCCUGUGAAAGCAUUGCUCCUUGACCAAGCAAACGUGUCCGGCAUAGGAAACUGGGUUGGUGACGAGGUUAUGUAUCAGGCUCGUCUCCAUCCCGAGCAGUACAGCAAUACCUUUAGCGAUGAGCAGAUAAAGCGACUGCACGAUGCCAUCAUGUACGUCUGCGACACCGCCGUGGAAGCCAACGGAGACUCGGAUGCUUUCCCCAAAGAUUGGUUGAUGAAACAUCGUUGGGGCAAGGGCAAGAAGGAAGCCCAGAAGCUGCCCACCGGCGAAAAGAUUACGUUCCUCAAGGUUGGUGGGCGGACUUCGGCUAUCGUACCGAGUGUCCAGAAAAAGACGGCAGCUGUUGCUGGUGAUGUGUCGGAGGGCGCAGACGAGGACGAUGCAGAGGAAGAUGCGAAACCUAAGAAGGCCGGCAAAAAGAAGGCCAAGGCUGUCAAGGAAGAGGAAGAGGGGGUGGGAGAAGACGCAGAAGAGGACUCGAAGCCGAAGAAGGGUAGCAAGAGAAAGGCUGAGGCUGUCAAAGAAGAGGAAGAUGUCGAUGAGGCUGAAGAGGAGGCACCAGUCAAGCCAAAGCGAGAACGCAAGAAUGCGAAGGAGAUCAAGGCAGAGGUCAAAGAGGAGGAUGCUGAUGCUACGGAGGAGAAGCUCCCAGUAAGAGCAAAGCGCGGCAGCAAGAAAGCAAAAGUAGAAGUGGAAGAAGCCGAGGAAAAAGAGGCGGUUGAAGCUGAAGACAGGCAGCCGGUCAAGAAACGCAAGACUACUGCGAACGGCACUGCAAAGCAGAAGAAGGCUACCGCUACUAAAGAAGAGGUCAAAGGCGACGAUGGGACGGCAAAAAGGCGAUCAGGACGUCUGUCGAAGUAACGCGCUAUUGUACAGCGCGUAGGACUAGAAAUAACUGUAUUCUGAUGUUUUUGUAGGAUAUAGUGUAUGUUCAUAGUUGGUUCAAUUGAGCGAAGAUGUUUGACGAUAGUAUAAGGCGGGGUGUAGAGCGCACGUGCGUGACGAAGUCGAGGUGCGGGCGCUGUGGUCAUAGCACUCGAACAUUGGAAAUUCAAGCUCCCCAC